AGACUGAUUAGACUUUAGAACGUUCUUGGUGAUUGUAUUAUGAGAAGGAAAUCUUUCGCACCGUACUACUAUAACUGAGCAAUAAUUUUUGAAGGCUAACAGAAGUGCUUCCUCCCCAAAGUCGAGGGUUGUUCAAUAAUCCCCAAGGAGGAAUUUCUGAUACCAAUUUCCACCAUGGACUCUCAAAACUAUAAGCUAGACCAAAUAAGGACUCUAUCUGUUUCAGAACACAGUAGUCCUCCCAUUGAUGGGUCCUUGGAUUAUGAUGUAGAUAAUUCUUCUAUCUCCUCUGUUGUGUUUUUGGGUGCUGAAGGUGGAAAAGUCUUACCCAUUGAAUUGGAGAUAGAAGAAGAAAGCAUUUCAAGAUGCAAGCGACUGAAAUUAAUGGCCCCAGCUCCUCAACAAUGUGUUUAUCUGAGUGUUCCAGAGAACUCAAGUCCAUUGGGAUUGACUUUGAGGAAAACCCCAUCCUUCCUGGAUCUCAUAGAAUCCAAACUGUCCAAUUCAAACCUUCCAUGCCCAGAGUACAGGAAAGAGAAGAGUGCAGAAGCUGAUGCCCAAGCUCAACACACAAAUGGGAAGUUGAAAGCUUCUAAUUUCUCUGCAUCACUCCUGCGAAUCGGCUCAUGGGCGAGAACCUCAAGAUAUGAAGGGGAGUUGGUAGUGAAGUUUUACUAUGCAAAGAGGAAACUUGUGUGGGAAGUUCUAGAAGGUGGGUUGAAGAGCAAAAUAGAAGUGCCAUGGUCUGAUAUAUCCUCCCUCAAAGCAUCUUGCACUACCAUACCCCAGACCCUUGAAAUUGAGUUAAUGAGGGUACCCCAUUUCUUUCGGGAGAAAAAUCCACAGCCUAGAAAGCAUACUCAAUGGAAAGCAACUAUGGACUUUACUGGUGGACAGGCAUCGACUUUCCGGAGACAUUUCCUGCAAUUCCCUCAAGGAACCCUGCUGAAGCACUAUGAGAAGCUUUUACAGUUGGAUAACAGACUGUUUUCUCUCAGCAAGAAACCUUAUCCAUCCUCAGAUUCCCUAAUAUUUGGGGCAGAGAAUCUAGGAUACCAGAAUCCAGACAACCACACGCUAUUUUGGGUCGAGGAACAGUGUUCAGAUCAACCAAAGCAACUGCUUGAGUCAGGGAUUAGUGAUGACAGUUUGGAGAAGUUCCAUUGCUUCACACUCUCAAAGGCAACACUACACACACAAUAUGAUAAUCUUGACAAUGUUGCUGCUGCUUCUGGAACAAGUUCAGCCAGAUCAGGAGCUGGGGACAGUUGUGUAGAUCAUAUGACUCCAGUCUCAAUUGGGAACUUGAUUCCUAGUUUGUUAGUGUCACUGCCACCAACCUUAACUGAUUUUGCCAUGCCAAGCUUCAACCAAUGUCAUCACCAUCAGGAGAAAGCAGCAGAUGAAGUGGUAACAACAGGAUUAGUGAGUUACAAUUUUGGAGGUUCGGGCCUACACCGAGGUAAACUUAAUCCAGUACUCAACAUUGGCUCUACAGUUGACUUGAAUUCAGGUUGCUGGAUCUCUGAGAUCCAAACCAACAAAAGUCCAUUUGGUUUGCCCCAAGACAUAGGUCUUACAAGUAAGAUAGACAUGAGCUUCACUAGUGGAUUUUUUUGUUCUGCCCCAGCAGUUUGUAAUGUACAAAGAGAAAUUCCCAGCAACUGUCCUGAAUUGUUGGUAGGUGUUUCCACAGCCAAACAGUAUCCUGUUUUUGUAGAAGAAGAUCAAGAAGCACUAGAUGAGGUCGGGGACAUGAUCGGGUGGGAACCAUAGACACAGACAAGUGUUAAAGAUUCUGCAAGCAUUGUAGAUUGUAUCUUUCUUUCUUUUUUUCUUGAUUUCAAAAUGUAAAGGCCAACAGCAACUAAUAACAAAGAUGGAUGAUAAAGGAGAUUACAGAUUCAUGGGGAGAUGAGAAUCAUCACCCCACUAAUGCUCUUACUAGAGAAAAUAAAUCAUC